UCAUUUCCUUUUAGAUUAUAAUUUUAAUCUAAUCUCUUGUUCAUAAAACGAUGAGUUAUGAACGAAGAUUUAAUCUAUUUUACUUAAGGAACUAGUUUCCACCGGUCUGCAGUUGCAGGAGGAGGGAUAUCCUGCGCCAGACAGGAUGCCAAGCUGUCGUUUUCCGUUCAUAAACAUCGCACAUGCGCACUUCAUUUUGAAAAUGGCGGCCGUGCAAGGUAGUCUAGUCGACACGGCUGAAAAAAAGGACAUAAAAUCGGAACCAUCCGAGGAUGGCGGUGGAAAUAAUAACAAUGCAAACGACGGCAGAGCGCUUUCUACGUCCCCCGGCUCUAGCGCUUCGGCUGGAGGUAAUAUUACUGCGGCGGGAGCCCCGGUGGACCAGCAGACGCUGUUGGCAGUCCUGCAGUUCCUCAAAAAGAACAAACUGAGCGAGUCAGUCGAAAUCUUGCGUCGUGAGGCGGGAUUGCCAGAGGAUUCACUGGAACUGAAGGCAGGCGAUUCCUCCGGGGCGGGCUUGGCCGGUGCUGCGGCCGGUGUGGACCUAGAAGGCGGGGAUGCGAGCUCUCUUCUCACCCGCGUGACCGUGUCAUCCUCCGCCGGAGCUCAGGCGCCGACCAGAGCAGCUCCGAGUGAAGAUCAGCCAGACGUCAACGUGGUGCUGUCAGCGUAUAGCCAGCAGGGAGACCCAGCUCUGUACGACGUUUACUACAGCAGCUUGAAGAGGUUCAUAGAAUCAGUUCUGGACUGUCACCGAGCUGAGCUGUCCCAGGUCUUCUACCCGCUGUUUGUGCACAUGUAUCUGGAGCUGGUGUACAACAAUCACGAAAAUGAGGCGAAGGCAUUCUUUGAGAAGUUCAGCGGGGAUCAGGAGUGCUACUAUGAAGAUGACUUGCGUGUUCUGUCCAGCCUGACCAAGAAGGAGCACAUGAGAGGCAAUGAGACCCUGCUGGACUUCCGCACCAGCAAGUUUGUGCUGCGUAUCUCUCGCGACUCUUACCAACUGCUGAAGAGGCACCUUCAGGAGCGUCAGAACAACCAGAUCUGGAACAUCAUCCAGGAACACCUCUACAUUGACAUCUUUGAUGGCAUGCCGCGCAGCAAGAGCCAGAUUGACACCAUGUCUGGCAGCUUGGCUGGAGAGGCCAGGCGGGAAGCCAAUAAGGCUAAGGUUUACUAUGGGCUACUGAAGGAACCAGAAAUUGAACUGCCUCUCGAUGAUGAGGAUGAGGAGGCAGAAAACGAAGAGGGUAAACCCAAGAAAAAGAAACCCAAAAAGGACAGCAUGGGCUCCAAGAGCAAGAAGCAGGAUCCUAAUGCACCUUCACAGACUAGGAUUCCUCUACCAGAGCUGAAGGAUUCAGACAAGCUGGACAAGAUCAUGUACAUGAAGGAAGCCACUAAGAGGAUCCGCCUGGGACCAGAUAACCUCCCCUCCAUCUGUUUCUACUCUUUUCUCAAUGCUUACCAGGGUCUGACAGCAGUGGACUUUACAGACGAUUCCAGUCUGGUCGCAGGGGGCUUUGCUGACUCCACCGUACGGGUGUGGAGUGUCACACCAAAAAAGCUCCGCAAGGUCAAGUCUGCAGCAGACCUGAAUCUGAUUGACAAAGAGUCAGAUGAUGUGCUGGAGAGGAUCAUGGAUGAGAAGACAGCUAGUGAAUCAAAGAUCCUCUAUGGACACAGUGGCCCAGUGUACGGUAUCAGCUUCAGUCCGGACAGAAACUACUUGUUAUCAAGUUCUGAAGAUGGUACAAUCAGGUUGUGGAGUCUCCAAACUUUUACUUGUCUUGUGGGCUACAAAGGCCACAACUACCCAGUCUGGGACACCCAGUUUUCCCCCCAUGGCUACUAUUUUGUCUCUGGGGGACAUGACAGAGUUGCCCGUCUGUGGGCAACAGAUCACUACCAGCCUCUGCGGAUAUUUUCUGGUCACCUAGCUGAUGUCACUUGCACUCGCUUCCACCCCAACUCCAAUUAUGUCGCAACAGGCUCGUCUGAUCGCACCAUCCGGCUCUGGGAUGUCCUAAAUGGAAACUGCGUUCGCAUCUUCACGGGUCACAAGGGUCCUAUCCAUGCGCUGGCUUUCUCUCCCAAUGGGAAGUUUUUGGCCUCAGGAGCCACUGAUGGCAGAGUUCUUUUGUGGGACAUCGGUCAUGGACUCAUGGUUGGCGAGCUUAAAGGCCACACAGAUACCAUCUACACCCUCAAGUUCAGCAGAGAUGGAGAAAUCCUUGCCUCUGGCUCCAUGGACAACACGGUUCGUCUGUGGGAUGCUAUGAAAGCCUUUGAUGAUUUAGAGACUGAUGAUUUCACAGCAGCUACAGGACACAUCCAUCUACAAGAUAACUCCCAGGAGCUUCUGCUGGGCACCUAUAUGUCUAAAUCCACACCUGUAAUACACCUUCACUUCACCCGCAGGAACCUCCUGCUGGCCGCUGGGGCCUACAAUCCAUGAGACACGACUGGAGAGAUUGUGAGAAAGCAAUCUAUAGAAACUUGAAAACAAACUUUGCAGUGGGGAAUAAAACAAAACGGUAUUAUCAACAUAUCACCUCUGGUGAACAUUAGCUGUGAAUGACGAUUAAAAUUAGCUUAGCCAACUCUUAGCCAACUCAAAACUCUCGUUUUGGCUCUUAGGCUUGACAGAUUUCGGUUCCAAUUAAAACUGAUCCAGUGCAGAUAACUAUCCCCUGGGAAAAGUGCCAUUAUUGAUUAAGAACCGUUUUUUUUUUGUUGUUUGUUUGUUUUUUUUGUUUUUUUUUUUUUUAAAAAUCACUGCCAUGAGCACAGCUUUGUUCAUCAUGUGGCUGACAUUUCUGUAUCAUAGUCUUUUAUACUGGUCUACACUGUAAAUAAAACAAGGGUUUUCUAUGUUUUGGA